AUGGAGUUUCAGUAUUACGGGAAUUUUGAACGACAGCCGCGAAGGCUGAACGACCAGCCGUGGUGGGAUGAGGAAGACAAUCUAACUGAUAGACAUAUAAACGGGAUGUCCUUAGAUGAAGGCAGACAGUCUCAGCGCCCAUACCGCUAUGGCAUGGUGCUGCUGUGUGCUGGCGCGCUCAUCAACUGGCUGGGACUGGCUGAAGACUACGCGGAGCCGGUCCGUUACGUGGGUGUGGCCUGCAUCGUGGCCGGAGCUCUCCUCAUCUGUGCUGCCAUGUGCUGCUGGCUGCAGUCACCAGCAAGACAGCCGCAGAAUGAUCGCUCUUCGCCAGACACUCACCAAAUUGACGACCCUAUCCAUGUAAUAUCGAUGCCGGAUGAAGAGACAAUGCAGCAGAAGCCUCCAGAUUACGACACAGUCGCUGGGGCGCCGCCGACAUACGACGACGCUAUCAAACUAAACCCGGCUAGACUGUUACCGGCUAGUUCCAGCGCCAGGCCGGACCACACACCCAACACACCCAACACCCCCAAUGACGUCAUCAUCCCCGGCCAACUGGAUGAAGCUCUGACGUCAUCAUCCGUAGCUCCUAUCCAUUCCCCAAUCCCCAAAACUCCGCCCCCUCCAUACAGACCGCCACAAGCCAUCAGAUGA